GUUGGAAUUUGGAUCUUGAAAGACUAUUGAGAGAUUUAAACAAUUUCAUAUUGAAGUCAAUUUUCAUGGAGUUAGAUGAGUCAGAAGUAUUUUCAGAAAUAGGUUGUGGUGUCAUUGGGAUUGAGAUAUGUUGUGAG